AAGCUGAGGAGAAGGUAACAGCUCAACCGUUAACUACGCAGCUGUGAUAAAGUGUUAUUAAAACCACAAAGUAUGUCAGACAUUGAAGUUCAGGUUGAGGUGCGCGUUGCCUCAGACUCACCAUCGGGACAACAGGAGGCCGUGAGCGGUGAGACGGCGUCAGACAGCACGGGGAGUGUUCAGCACACCGGGCACCGAGAGGUGGAGGAGUCGCUGUCGUUGCUGGCCUGCGUUGCUCUGGCGCCACCCCGUGGUGACCCCGCAGCCUGCAGCUGUGACUGUGAGGGCUGCGUCUGUGUGGAGGGUGGACGGGUGGAGGGGAGCCUCCAGUCCAUGCAGCUGCAGCUCCAGUUCCUCAUGAGCAAAGCUGCAAAGUUACAGGACUGCCUUGCCAAUGUACAGGACCAGAUAGAGAAAGAUGCUCUUGCUGCUGAAGUGCCAAGUUUCCUUUACACAUGUCAGCCUUACUUUAACCAGCUGGAAUCUGCAGCUAAGAUCCCCGUGCCUCAGCUCGGCUCUCAGGCCUUUGACAUCUAUCCAUGGCGCAUGCAGCUGUUGGAUUUCUCUCAGCAGCUGUGUGACAGGUUAGAGCAGCUGGUGGUGACCUACGCCAGCUACGGCCUCCUCUGUUUGGACGAGACCGAGCCUAACAGUGUGUCUCACUUCUGCAUCGGUCAGCGUCAACUCGGGCGACUAAGGCUGUCCACGUUCCUCUACUGCAGGCCGACGCCGUACCUGGCCCGGGUCAAUACCGGCCUGUACAAACGAAUGCGCUGGAACGUGGACAGACUCAGAGAUGAACAGCAGCAGAUGGGUCGAGAGCAGGGUGGAGAGAGUGAGGCAGAAACGGUCGGCGACACAGAGUAUUACUUCCUGUGCUACGAAGAUAUUCCCAAUGAACACAGAGCAGCUGGUGGGGAUAGCGCAGGCGCCUCUCAUGAUAACAUGUUGAGGAUGUGGUCCAUCGGUCAGUGGGUGCAGAUGAACCCUAACCCAGACACAGAGGACAUCUAUGACUGGAUCUUGUGUGAGGUUCCUCAGGCCUGCUAUCACAGGCUGCUGUUUCUGGGCAGCGCUGAGCCGUCGAGCUGCAGUGCUACAGACUUCCUGCAGCAAGUGCUGUUGUCACGGCAAGCAAAAGAGUGAUGUCAGGCCCUACAGGAGGAGUGUGUUUGUAUUUUAGUGAUGGUUGGAAAGAUAAAAAAGCAUGUUGAAAGAGUUAAAUCCUCAAGACAGUUAUUAAGUAAAUAUGUCAUUAGAUUUAUGUGAGAGUCUAAAAGAUUGAACAUCUAGUUUCUUAUGGACGUCGGAGCAGAAACACCCGAGCUUGACUCACAAGCACGACUGUAAACCAUGACACUCUCAGUCAGAGGACCUGUUUGUUGGUUUAUCCAUAUUUAAAUCUGAAGAGGAUUGUGUGUUCAUAACAUGCUGUGGCUGGUGUUUGUUUCAAAGUUUUCUCAGUCUCAGUUACAUAAAGAGUUUUAUACUGUACAAUGUGACGCGUGUGUUGUAAAUGUUUGCUUCACAUUAUGUUGUCACUUUAUUCUGCUCAGUGUGUUAAUGCUGUAAGUUUGGAAAGAUUUUAUAAGAGUUUGUAAAUAGUUUAUUUUUUAAAGAGCCUUUGUCUUGUAAAGAAGAAAUCCAGAAAUAUUAAAAAAAAACAUUUUAUUUACAUGAAACAUUGCAUUGAAAUAAUUACACACAAUCACAGAUUUCUGUCUUUCAGAAAAUCCAAAGAAACGAAGACAAAACUUUACAUUUUAAAAACAAGCUGCCAUGAUUUGGGCUCCACAAGUGACAAUGCCCAUCAUUUACUUCAUUUUUCAACAGGUUCAUUAAGCCAUUUAAAUUAGUUCACACAGGUCCUCAUUUUCAAUAAAUUAAACUCAAAGUUUUGUGUUUUGGAUCCUAAGUAAUAAAUUUGUUCCCUCGUAGUUUAGUCGUCUUUGCUCAGUUUGACGGUCUAACCAUUCAUUGACUGGACAUGAAGUAUAAGAUGCAAGCAAUUUACUUACAACAAACAAUAAAAUCUACCAUUUACACCCAACAUCCUUUGUUAUAUAUUCAAUAUAAAUCUAUAUAGGACUCUUAAAGGGCAACUAUACUUCUAAAUCUCUAAAGUACAAAAGUAAAGUGGAGUUUCCCUUUUUUACAGUGAGCAGUCUUCAAACAAGAUACACACAAAUACACUACACAAACAUGAGAAA